AUGAGAUUUUAUUUAUAAACCAUACAUUUUUCUGUAUGAUUCUAUAUGUAAACAAUGUUUGAGUUUAUUCUUAACAAAUUAGAAUUUCAAGUGUAACAAUUAAUCGCAAGUUUGACGAUUUGAGAAGACGUAAACUUUUGCUGCCAAGAAUAACCAAACAAUUAUUCACCAUCUAAGCGAGCAAAAUGACCAACUCGAAGGGUUAUCGUCGUGGUACCAGGGACAUGUUCUCUCGUCCCUUCCGUAAACACGGUACUAUUCCACUGUCUACUUACCUGAAAGUAUACAAAGCCGGUGAUUACGUGGAUAUUAAGGGUCAUGGAGCUGUCCACAAGGGUAUGCCCUACAAAGCGUACCAUGGUAAAACUGGCCGAGUGUACAACGUAACCAAGCACGCCCUUGGUGUGAUUGUGAACAAACGUGUUCGAGGUAAAAUUCUGGCCAAGCGUAUCAACGUCCGCGUGGAGCACGUCAAUCCAUCCCGUUGCCGUGAAGAUUUCCUGCGCCGAGUGAAGGAAAAUGACAAAAUCCGCCACGAAGUGAAGACCAAGAACCCGAAAGCUAAGAUUUGUCUGAAGCGUAAGCCAGCUCCACCCCGUGGCGAGCAAGUUAUCGUGAAUCCUCCAGAGCCGGUGUUCCUGGCACCUAUCCCGUACGAAUUCAUUGCGUAAAUUGUGGCUUGGAAUGUUGGUGAACCGUAUAUGUUAAUACAAAACCAAUUUAAUUAAGAAA